AUGUCCAACGUCGGGUUACAAGUGAGGAAGGCGGUACCUUCUAUUGAUUCAGUAGUGGCUGACUAUGCAGUGGGAUACAUUCAACAUGUUUCCAAUUCCACUGAGGAUAUAGUGUUGGCACAACAAGUCAACAUUGACCAAGAAAUGAACUUUAUUAAGGAAUUGCUUGUUAAUGCCGGUGGAUCUGUCGAAAAUGUCAAUAGUUUAACCGAAACCAUUGCUAAACAAUUAAGCUCCAAAUUAUCCGACAAUAUGGAAAAAUUGGCCCUUACCGGUGAUACAUCUAAGCGAUUAUUAGAUAUCAAUAUCUUACAAAACAGUUCCAAGAGAGAUAUAAAUUCUUCAUUGGCCUUGUUGUCUGCUAGUAAUGAUAUCGAACACACAGGUCGUAAAAUGGAAAGUAGAGUCGAUAAGAAGAAGUUGGAAAAACAAGAACGUAAAAUUGCAAAGAAGGUGGCCAAGAGAAAUAACAAGUUUGUUCAAUAUGAAGCUUCUAAAUUAUUGAACGCAAAGAAAGAUGCUGAUUACGACUCCUUCUUUCUUGAAAUUAACCCCUUGGAUUUUGGAUCCAGUGCUGGUAAAUCUAAGGAUAUCAAGAUUGACAAUUUCGAUCUUUACGUUGGUGACGGUCAAAGAAUAUUGAGUGAAGCCUCAUUGACUUUGGCUUAUGGUAGAAGAUACGGUUUGGUUGGUCAAAACGGUAUUGGUAAAUCUACCCUUUUACGGGCAUUAUCUAGAAGAGAAUUAAACAUUCCUAAGCAUAUAACCAUUUUACAUGUGGAACAAGAAAUCAGAGGUGAUGAUACCCCUGCAUUGCAAAGUGUUUUGGAUGCCGAUGUUUGGAGAAAGAGUUUAUUGCAAGAAGAGCUGAAGAUCAAUGAAAGAAUUGCUGAAAUUGAAAAAUUAAGAAGUGAAUUUGAUGAAGAAUCUAACGAAGUCAAGAAAUUGGAUAAUGAACGAGAGGAUUUAGAAACUCAUUUACAAGAAGUCAGUGAGAAAUUGACGGAAAUGGAAUCCGACAAGGCUGAAAGUAGAGCUGCUGGUAUUUUAUUUGGGUUAGGGUUCACCAAGGAAACUCAAAACUUACCAACCAAUCAAUUCUCUGGGGGUUGGAGAAUGAGAUUAUCUUUAGCAAGAGCAUUGUUUUGUCAACCAGAUUUAUUAUUACUAGAUGAACCUUCCAAUAUGUUGGAUGUUCCAUCCAUUACAUUUUUGGCCAAAUAUUUACAAGGUUAUAAAUCUACCGUCUUGGUUGUUUCCCAUGACCGUGCAUUCUUGAACGAAGUCGCUACCGAUAUUAUCCAUCAACAUUCUGAAAGAUUAGAUUAUUACCGUGGGGCUAAUUUCGACUCUUUCUACGCUACUAGAGAGGAAAGAAUCAAGAACCAACGUCGUGAAUAUGAAAAUCAAAUGGCUUAUAGAAAGCAUUUACAAGAGUUUAUUGACAAGUAUAGAUACAAUGCCGCCAAGGCCCAAGAAGCACAAUCGAGAAUUAAGAAACUUGAGAAAUUACCCCUUUUGGAACCACCUGAAGAUGAUAAGGUCAUUACCUUCAAAUUCCCUGAACCAGACAAGUUAUCGCCACCUAUUUUACAAAUGCAAGAUGUUACUUUUGGUUACAGUCCUGAAAAGUUAUUAAUCAAGAGUGUUAACUUGGAUGUGCAAAUGGAUUCAAGAAUUGCCUUUGUUGGUGGUAACGGUACUGGUAAGACCACAUUAUUAAAGUUGUUGAUGGAACAAUUACGCCCACUUUCUGGAUUUAUUACAAGAAACGGUAGAUUAAGAAUCGGCUACUUUGCACAACAUCAUGUUGAUGCCAUGGAUCUUACCACGUCUGCUGUCUCCUGGAUGUCCACUGCAUUCCCCGGUAAAACUGAUGAAGAGUAUAGACGUCAUUUGGGUUCAUUUGGUAUAACCGGUUCCUUAGGUUUACAAAAGAUGGAAUUGUUAUCCGGGGGUCAAAAGUCGAGAGUGGCAUUUGCUGCCUUGUGUUUGAACCAACCACAUAUCUUAAUUCUUGAUGAACCUUCCAAUCACUUGGAUACCCAAGGUUUGGACGCGUUAGCUGACGCAUUGACUAAUUUCAAGGGUGGGGUAUUAAUGGUCAGUCAUGAUGUGGCAAUUAUUGAUAAGGUGUGUAAUGAAAUUUGGAUCAGUGAAGAUAAUACCGUCACUAAAUUCCCUGGUUCUAUUUAUGAUUACAAGAAUCAUAUUUUAGAACGAGCCGAUAUUGCGGGGGUUGUGAGAAAGCACUGA